AUGAAGGGACAAAACCAUGUCACUGCUGGUGGAUAUGUACCAAAAGAGCUCUUCUAUUAUUAUAUAACUCUAGAAGCGAAUAUAUCUUUUCAAAUACAACAAUCGCACAUGGAAUUAGAAUUCUCUCAGAAGGCCUUACUUUUUUUUACUUUGUGCUACAAUUUUAGAUCAUUUUUCUCAGGAUUUUGGCAGAGAUUGGUUCUUUCAGAAGAAAUAAAUACUACGUAG